ACGGACUCAGAUGGCUUCUGCGACUGCUUCACAACCUUCUCCUAAAAAAACGGUGGCCUCUCACGUGCCUUUUGCAGAUCUGUGUUCUACUCUGGAGCGAAUACAGAUGUGUAAGUCUCGCCCGGAGAAAACCAAGUAUUUCAGGGACUUUCUGGAUUCCUGGAGAAAAUUCCACGAUGCUCUUCAUCAAAAAGAGAAAGACGUCACAGAUUCUUUUUAUCCAGCUAUGCGACUUAUUCUUCCACAGUUGGAAAGAGAAAGGAUGGCAUAUGGAAUUAAAGAAACUAUGCUUGCGAAGCUCUAUAUUGAACUACUUAACUUACCAAAAGAUGGAAAAGACGCUGCAAAGCUUUUAAAUUACAGAACGCCUGCUGGCUCACGUGGAGAUGCUGGAGAUUUUGCAAUGAUCGCAUACUUUGUGUUAAAACCUAGGAGCCCAAAACAAGGCAGGCUGACGAUAGAACAAGUCAAUGAACACUUAGAUGCGAUAGCUAAUAAUAAUGCUGCUAAAAACAAGGGCCUGUUAAAGAAAAGUCUUCUUCAGUUGAUUACCCAGAGCACAGCACUGGAACAAAAAUGGCUCAUCCGGAUGAUUAUAAAGGAUCUAAAGCUUGGCGUUAGUCAACAAACUAUAUUUUCCAUUUUUCAUCCUGAUGCAGCUGAAUUGCACAACGUCACAACUGAUUUGGAAAAAGUCUGCAGACAACUGCAUGAUCCCUUUGUCUCACUGAGUGAUGUUUCUAUCAUGUUGUUUUCUGCCUUUAAACCGAUGCUUGCUGCUAUUGCUGAUGUCCAGCAAAUUGAGAAACAAAUGAAUAACCAGGUAUUCUACAUAGAAACUAAGCUGGAUGGUGAACGGAUGCAGAUGCACAAAGAUGGAGAUGUGUAUAAAUAUUUUUCCCGAAAUGGGUUUGACUAUACUCAGCAGUUCGGCGCUUCCCCCUUUGAUGGUUCGUUAACGCCAUUUAUUCAUAACGUAUUUAAGAACAAUAUACAAAAUUGCAUUCUCGAUGGUGAAAUGAUGGCUUACAAUCCUGAGACGCAAACCUUUAUGCAGAAGGGAAACAGAUUUGACAUAAAAAGAAUGGUGGAAGACUCUGAUCUGCAGACCUGCUUCUGUGUGUUCGAUGUAUUGAUGGUUAACGAUCAGAAGCUGGGGCAUGAGGUACUAAGCAGAAGGUACGAAAUCUUAAGUAGUGUAUUUACCCCAGUAAUAGGCAGGAUACAUGUUGUACAUAAAAAAAGUGCUGGAACAAGAAAAGAAGUAAUUGAUGCCUUAAAUGAAGCAAUAGAUAACAGAGAGGAAGGGAUUAUGGUGAAAGAUCCCAUGUCCACCUACAAGCCUGACAAACGUGGGGAAGGCUGGCUAAAGAUCAAGCCAGAAUACGUCAGUGGGCUGAUGGACGAACUAGACCUUUUAAUUGUUGGUGGUUACUGGGGGAAGGGCUCACGCGGUGGAAUGAUGUCUCAUUUUCUGUGCGCUGUUGCAGAGACGCCCCCUCCAAAUGAAAAACCUACCGUUUUCCACUCUAUUUGUCGUGUUGGCUCUGGCUAUACUAUGAAGGAAUUGUACGAUCUCGGUUUGAAACUGGCUAAACACUGGAAGCCCUAUCAUCGAAAGGACCCUCCCUGUAACAUUUUGUGUGGAACUGAAAAACCUGAAAUGUACAUUGAACCUUGCAACUCUGUCAUAGUGCAGAUCAAGGCAGCCGAGAUUGUUAACAGUGAUAUGUACAAAACUGACUGUACUUUGAGAUUCCCUCGAAUUGAGAAGAUAAGAGAGGACAAAGAAUGGUACGAGUGCAUGACUUUGGACAUGUUAGAAGAUCUCAGAAGGAAAGCAGAAGGGAAGCUGGCAUCUAAGCACCUUCAUAUAGAUGAGUAUGAUGAGCCACAAGAGAAAAAAAGGAAAACUACAUCAAAGGUGAAGAAGAUAAUUGGAAUAGCUGAGCAAUUUAAAGCUCCUGAUCUUUCUAACGUAAAUAAGAUUUCAAAUGUAUUUGAAGAUGUUGAGUUUUGUGUUAUGACAGGAACGGGUGAAUACUCAAAGCCUGAACUGGAGAGCAGAGUAGCUGAGUGUGGUGGUAGCGUGGUACAGAACCCUGGGCCAGAGACUUACUGUGUCAUUGUAGGAGCUGAGAAUGUCAGAGUGAAAAACAUCAUUGCUUCCAACAAGUAUGAUGUGGUGAAGGCAGAGUGGCUCCUUCAGUGUUUUCAGACCAAAACGCUGGUGCCUUGGCAACCAGCCUUUAUGAUUCACAUGUCUCCUGACACAAAAGAACAUUUUGCUCGUGAGUAUGAUUGUUAUGGAGACAGCUACACAGCAGACACGGAUGUUGCACAACUCAAGGAAGUGUUCUCAAGAAUGAAGGACAAUAAGGUGAUGCCUUUGGGCAUGAUUGCAGAGUUAGAAGAACGUUAUUCAUGGAACAGCUGUCAGCUCAGUAUAUUCAGAGGAAACACUGUUUAUGUGGACUGUUAUGCUGUUGUUAACGAGCCCAGAACGAAAAUCUGUGGAACAACACUAUCAAUUAGAGCUUUGGAGCUCCGUUUUUAUGGUGCAAAAGUAGUCUCUCACCUUGAAGAGGGUGUUUCCCAUGUUGUUGUAGGAGAAGAUCAUUCCCGGGUAAAAGAGAUAAAAGCGCUCAGAAGGACAUUUGGGAAAAAAUUUAAAAUUGUAUCUGAGCCGUGGGUAACAGAGUCAGUGGAGGAAGGAGUCCCAAAGAAUGAAAAUCAGUACCUAAUUUAAAGUAGUUUUUAAGCUUGGAGCAAAAGCAUUCUUGUUGGCAUGAUUGGACUUGGAUAUUAUGAGGUUGCCUUAAAUUUUUUGUGUGUUUUCAUGUCUGUUUAAAGCUGGCUCUGGCUAAAGAAUAACGCUGUAUUGCUGAAAUCAGAGCAAGGCUUUUAAUUACGCUGUUACGGAAGCAAGAGGAUGCUAAGCUAUGUUAGAGGAAAACAAAAAUCACCACAAGAUAAAUAAUGUAAGCCUUUUACUUCACAAACAGGUCUCAAGAGAGAUCUAAUA